AUGGCCCCACUUACAAACGCAAAAGUCACAAAGAGCACAACGAUGCAUUCAAAAGUCGUCAUCAUCGGUUCAGGUCCAGCAGGACACACCGCCGCUGUCUACCUAGCACGCGCGAACCUCAACCCCGUCCUCUUUGAGGGCUUCAUGGCAAACGGUUUCGCUGCUGGUGGUCAGCUUACCACGACUACAGAUGUCGAGAACUACCCCGGUUUCCCAUCCGGCAUACUUGGUCCCGAACUCAUGGACAAAUUCCGCGAACAGUCCAUCCGUUUCGGUACGCAAAUCAUCACAGAGACCGUGUCCAAGAUCGAUCUUUCAGCACGCCCCUUCCGUUACUGGCGAGAGAGCCAGGAACACGAGGAACCUGAAACAGCCGAUACCAUUAUCAUCGCAACCGGUGCGAGUGCCAAGAGGCUGGGACUCAAAGGCGAGGUCACGUACUGGCAAAGCGGCAUCAGCGCAUGCGCAGUCUGCGAUGGUGCUGUCCCUAUCUUCAGGAAUCAACCAUUGGCUGUUAUUGGAGGUGGUGACUCUGCAGCGGAAGAAGCUACCUAUCUGACAAAGUACGGCUCCCACGUCUACGUCCUCGUCCGCCGUAGCGAACUCCGCGCUUCCAAAAUCAUGGCUAAGCGUCUCAUGAACAACCCCAAGAUCACCAUCCUCUGGAACACCGUAGCAACCGAAUGCCAAGGCGACGGCGACCUCCUCAACAACCUCCGCAUCAAGAACGUAUCCACAAACGAAGAGCGCGACCUCCCCGUCCGCGGGCUCUUCUACGCAAUCGGUCACGAACCAGCCACAGCUCUCAUCCGAUCCCAACUUCAAACAGACACUGAUGGGUAUAUCAUCACUGUCCCUGGAACGACGCAGACGAGCGUGAAGGGCGUGUUUGCUGCUGGUGAUGUGCAGGAUAAGAGGUAUAGGCAGGCUAUUACUAGUGCGGGCAGUGGGUGUAUGGCUGCGCUUGAGGCGGAGAGGCUUAUUUCGGAGGAGGAAGAGGGUGUUGAGGAGGAUUAG